UUUGUCCUGGUCCCUGGAUGCUGUGUUGGGGAAAGCAGGAUAGAUUUCCCCACUCCGUUGUCAGCUGCCGAGGGGUCAACAUGUACAGGGUGGCAGGGAACAUGAUGGAGAGCUACUAUGGAGAGGAACCCCAACGUAAAUCAAAUCUUGAAAUGCCCCAUGUAACGGUUAACAACCGUCGGAUGACUAACGUUCAGUUGGGCGGCGGUGAAGUUAUCCAAGGAAUCAGAAGGAACAAGGAUCUUGGUCUCCAGGACUCUGAACCUCAUGGGUUUGAAUCCUCCCGUCCUGUCCGUCCUCUUCGUUACACACCAGGGCUCAAGUGUGACAAUGCUCUGGAGGCAAUGCGUCCUGAGAGGGACAUGAAGCACCAAGCUCUUCAGGGAGGAGAAUGGAAGAGGAAGCUUAUCCAGCACCCAACCACAUUCGAAGGAUCUUUUGCUGAUGCAGAUAUGCAGAAGUUCCGCCCGAACCCUACACCCAGCCCUAUGGAGGACCCUUGGUUUGUAUCCCGUCUCCCUGACCAGCAGCAGUUCUAUGAUGCUGGUCAGCAUCAACAAUACCUACCUGAGGUCAACAACCCGUAUGCUGCUGCAUACCCACAGGAUGAGUUAUCAAAGAUAAAGAUGAGAAACAGAAGGUUCCAGCAAAGCUGUGCAAUGGAAGGAAUGCAGAUGCACCAACCAGCAAUGCACCAACCAAUGCAAUGGAGAGGCCCUGUCCUCCAACCUCCAGCAAUGCCUCAUCAGAUGACCGAGGAUAUGAUGAUGUGCAGCAUGUCUGACGAGCUUGCCUGUAUAGAGCAGGAUCUCAAUAUGACCCGAAGAGCCACCCGUCCCUUUGUUCCUACCUCUGACCCAGCCUACUAUGACCUCCAAAGACAGGUCAACCUGCUGGAAACCACUCCCUACCAACCAAUAAGGGCUGCCAGAUUUAAUGGCGAAGAGUUUCUUAGUUCUGAUUCUCUCCCUGCUCCUAAACCAAGAACUUCCAAGAAAGAAGAGCCUGCAGCACCUGCUAAGCCUGUAAGGAAAGAAGUUGGAAUUGCUGAUCAAAUAGCAAUAAGAUCUUAUGUACUUGGCAAAAACAUCGGGAAAGUUGGUGUCUCCAACUAAAUGCGGCAAACAUUUACGAAUAUACACGUGGUAUAGAGUGCAUUCCAACCUCUUCACUCGUCUUUGCCUGAUCAAAGAUUUUUAUUGUAUUUAUUUUUGUAUGAUGUGACCGGAAAGUAUUAAAAACCAGAGAAUUUCUUAUUAUGUGUUGAUGAAAUAAAAUAAAUAUAUUAUUACCUUAA